UAAGAAGAAAAACCUAUGAAAUGAACCAUUGUAUGAUUGCAGUAAAUACACUUGGUGAAAUUAUGCAAAAUGAAUUUCUCCGGUAUUUUUUCACGGUUUCCCAAACAAGAGAAAUAGAGAUAUUUCCCCAAGUUACUGCUGAGGCUGGACCGCUCUCGUCAAGUACUACGGAAAUUGAAUGCCUCUGUUUGGCUUUGGAUAUUCUUGAAACCAUGGCAUUCCUGGGGAACCUUUUUAAGUCCUUCCUAGGAUCAGAAGGUCCUUCAGGAAACACAGUGACUGAGGUUGGAAUCUCUCAGUUUGCCAGAAUACCGGUUCAGUGCCGGGAAGACUGCCUGGUACUGUAUGGUCCAACAAAAAACAAUAAUUAUGAACUGCUUCUGCACUUUCCUGUCCAGAAUUCACUCAACAAAGCUCUCAGCCUCUUCAGAAUACCUGACAUUGGAGAAGCACAAAUCCGGUUCAUAUCCCUGAAAGAGUUGUUGCCUCCUCUGGUCCAACACAUGCCAGCUGAUAUUGUCAAUCAAAAAGUUAUUCAGAACAUAUGUGACCUGAUCCGGAAUCAUCCUACUUGGACUGUUGCCCACAUUGCGGCCCAUACUGGCUUGGCUCAACUAUUUUCCCAUUCUUCAGUGAUAAAGUAUGCAGACACAGCUGAUAUUGAAAUGAAGGAGACGCCUUUACAUUUGGCAAUAAAAGAAGGUCAUCUGGAUAUCAUUCGUGGUCUUCUAGAAAGAAAUGUCAGCGUUGACGUCACUGAUGUUAAAGGCAAUUCCGUUUACCAUCUUGCAGCAACAAAAGACAUAACUAUAAUAGAGUUAGUUACACAGAAAGAGUCUCGGCUUAUAAAUAUUCCUAAUGAAAGUGGCAAAACACCCCUACAUCUGGCAUGUGAGGCUGAUAAACCAGAAUGUGUGAAGGCUCUACUGUGUGCUGGGGCAGAUGUCAACGUUGCUGCAACACACGACUCCACUUUACCCAUCCAUUCAGCUAUGGCAGCCAACAGCACACUCUGUGCAAAGGAAAUAAUUACAAUGUAUCCAAACCAGCUCAAUGUGAAGGACAUGAAACAUGGAGGAACACCUCUACACUGGGCCACUUCCAGAGAGAUAAUCACAGCCAUGGCAGACUUGGGUUGUAAUAUCAAUGCACGUAAUUUUCAUGGCCACACUGCUUUACAUAAAAUGGUACAAAACAACCUCCUCGCGUGUGUCAUAACACUACUGAGUCGUGGGGCAGAAGUGAGUGUGGGUGACGACGAGGGUAACACAGCCAUACACUUUGCCAGUUCAGCCGUUGUUCUACAGGCCUUACUUGUCUUUGGUGCCAACAUGGCUGUUAUAAACAAAAGGGGAUCAAAUGUUCGUCAUAUUGUUGCCAGUAGUUCUUUCAAGGAGAAGAACACAAUGCUGUACCUCCUACACGCUAUCAGUGCGCCGCGCUGUCAGCAACGACUCCCAGAUUGCACUGAUGGCUGUUCACCGACAGGGACGUUUGACGGUGUUCCUCCAGAAACCAACCAAGUUUCGCGUAGUAGAACAAGCUUUGAUGAUUUUUUGGAUGAAGCAAUGUUAGGAAAGCUCAAUGUUACAUCACAGGUUGGGGUUCCUUUGGGGUUUACUUCAAGUAAGAAAGGUGGACGUAUUUUGUGCCUUGAUGGUGGAGGCAUCAAAGGCCUUGUUCUAAUCCAACUUUUGAUUGCCCUUGAAGAAGCAGCAGGCAGACCAAUACUUCAACUCUUUGACUGGAUUGCUGGAACCAGUACUGGGGGUAUUCUUGCCCUGGCACUAGGGAGAGGUAAAAGUAUACGAUACACUCAGGGUCUCUACUUUAGGAUGAAGGACUUGGUGUUUAUUGGCCGUCGUCCCUAUGAUGAAAAACCCCUUGAGAAUAUCUUGAGAACUGAGCUGGGGGCGACAACUGUUAUGACUGAUAUAAAGGACAUUAAAGUAUUAGUUACGGGUGUCCUGGCAGACCGUUCCCCAGCAGACCUCCACCUCUUCCGUAACUAUGUAAGUGGAGAACAGAUGUUACAGUCUCAUGGAGGAAACGUCUUCAUUCCCGUUAAGUCUCCAGAUGAGCAGUUGGUAUGGAAGGCUGCCAGAGCAUCAGGUGCUGCUCCAUCAUACUUCAGAGCCCAUGGAAGAUUCAUUGAUGGUGGACUGAUCUCCAACAACCCAACUCUUGAUGUAUUAACAGAAAUAUCCGAGUAUAACACAACAUUGACUGCUAUGGGGAGAGUCAAUGAGAUCAUUCAACCAUCCAUUGUAAUAUCACUAGGAACAGGACGACCACCAGUGUCCAAGGUUGAUGCCAUCGACUGCUUCAGACCUGAGAGUAUGUGGAGUAGCGUUCAGAUGGCUUUUGGUCUGUCUAAUGUUGCUAAGAUGCUGAUUGACCAGGCAACAAUGGCAGACAACCGCACAGUUGACAGGGCCCGUGCUUGGUGUGGGACCUGUGGCAUAACAUAUUUACGUCUGUCUCCUCAACUUUCCUUGGAUGUUCAACUGGAUGAGACUCGAGAUGAUGUACUAGUCAAUGCACUGUGGGAAACAAUGGUGUAUAUUCGAAGCAGGAAAAGCCGAAUUCAUCAGGUGGUAGCAUUGUUGACAGGUGGCUGCUCUCCCUCCCAGGUGUGAAAUAAUUACUGUACACAGUAACAUGUAAUGGAUAUAUAUACUCAAACCAUAAGCUUUAAAGGACUUAAGUAUGGGAUGUCCAUUUAGAGUCAGUCCAGUGGUCCACAGCCUGUAGUUAGUGGGUGCCUUUGUGAAGCCUGCAAGGAUUCAUUUGGAGGCUUGAAAAAUAAUGUAGAAUUUGGGAUUUUAUAACAGACAUACACCAAAGUAAUUCAAAAGUAUCAAAUAAAAUAGUUAUCAUAUUUUUAUUACAUUAUUAUGAGCAGAACUGUAUAGCUAAUUAUAUUUUGUUUUUAGUUCAUCAUAAGACUGCAUGAUAGAGCAGGAGCAUCUAAUAAAUGUAGUUAGUUUAGCAAUUUAUAGAAAUUUGGACAAUAAUAAAACAUGGUGCCCUCCACUUAAUUAUAUUAAUUAUAUUGGUGCAGAGCUCUUCGGGGAUGAGAGAUUUCCUGGGAACGAUAUGACUCUCAAACCCGGAAAAAAUCCUACAACCUCGGAAUUUUUCCUGGCAAUGGGAAAAAUCUCAGUCUAAACUAGGCAUCUCACGUGGACAGAUGUUUUCGCACAUCCCUGGCAUGCUUCGAGGGCACGAGCAAAAAUAUUUACGGCUAGCGAAAGUGUCUAUAAACUUUUAUUCACAGUUUCUGUUCUAAUUGAUGUAGAGAAAUGAAUUUGAUACCAUAAUGAUCAAUGAAAAUAUUCCCUACAAGACUUUUCCAAUAAAAAAUCCCUAAACAAAAUAUUUGAACAUGUUAUAGUGACGGGGACUUAAUAUAAAAAAACGUAAGACAUUUUGAUACCCGAGUAUAAAAUCAAUUCUAAUUAAGUUAGAAACACCAUUUUUUUUUACCAAAAUAAUGCUGAGUAGUUUAUCUGAAAGUUUGUGUAAAUGAAUAUAUUUCCAAACACAAAAAAUAUUUAAGAUACGGGCAUGCAAUGUGUGAAUGAAACUAUAUCAUAGCUGAAACGGGAAAAUUUUCAGAAGUUUAAACAACGCAUCUCGCACGGAGCUGUGUUUAUUUACUGUAUGCAAAUACAGUACCACUGUACACGUACAAUAUAUUUUAAAUAAACAAAAUAGUGUUUA